AUGAGAAGCACCACUUUCGCCCUGUUUGUGGCCGUCGGAGCCUCGAUUCUCCUCUCCUCCUCCACCGACGCCGCCCCCAUCAGCCGAUUGUCCUCUUCACAGCAUGACGAGGAGGCACUAAUCGCUGGACGGAUCCAGAUCAAAUCCAGAUUCCGCCACCCAGCUUCUUCCCCCUCCGCCUCCGCCUCUUCUUCCUCUUCGUCAUCGUCGCACAAGCAUAAGCACAACAAGAAGAAGUCCAUCAAACAUCACGCCUCCAAAUCCGACAAGUUCUUGAUCCCCGAUCCCGAACUCUCCGGCUUGGCAUGGUACCCCGUCCCGCACAGCCGUAACCGCCAUGGGACUCGCGCCCUAGUCCCAGAAGGCCACGCUGUCAUUGACGAAGACGACGAUGAUGCCGGCAACGAGCUCCUUGAUACUGAACUCGAAUCUGGCCUCGAAAGACCCGACGAUGAUGACACCAUCGAGGGUCAAAUCCUCGAAGAAGAAGACCUCGACGAUUUCGACACCGUCGCCCUCGACGACAGCGACGACGAAGGUGAAGAAGGUCACCUGUUGCAGCACACUUUGCGGGCAGCCAACACGGCCGCAAAUGUUGCGCGUGCAAAAGCCGCCGCCCUGGCUGCUGCUGCUAGGGCGAGGGCGGUCGAGUCGUUGGAUUGGUUGAAGGAGAGCGAGGUGGACUUUGAGGAUGCAGAGGCGAAGGAGGUUGGAGAGGAAGAGGUUGUGAAGGUUGUUCUUUCGAGGUUUGGAGGCCGGGCUGCGGCUGCCGAUAUGGCUGCUCAUGCUUGGUGA